UGAGAUUGCCAUUCUUCAUUUUGCUCUCCACAAGAUAAUGCACUUCGCUCGCUUCGCUCUGCUUCUUGCCGCGACGGCCUCGGCCGCGACGGUCUAUACGUUCGACCCCGUCACGUCGGGCGGCGUCAAGGGCUCCAUCACAGUGACGCGCGAGGCAGUAGGCGCGACCAUCGCCGCCGACCUCGACGUCUCCAACGCCGACUGGGCCGCGCUCACCAAGGUGGACGGCAACUGCACCGGCGCGAUCCCGAACUUCAAGUGGCACAUCCACACCAAGUGGACCAACAAGGCGCCGUCGGGCUUCCUUGGCGACUGCGGUCUCACGCCCGCGGGCAACCACUACGACCCGGACUACGCGUGCGGCCCCAACUCCGAGUUUGCGACCGACCCCAAGUGUGCACCGCUCAUUCCCAAGUACAAGUGCACGCCCGAGACGUAUGUGGUGAGCCCGCAUGCGUGCGAACGCGGCGACCUCUCGGGCAAGGUCGGCGCCUUCAAGGCCGUUGACGGCAAGAUCAAGCAGACGUUUGUCGAUGCGCACUACCCGGCAGCGUCCGAGGAGACGCCGACGUGGAACCUCAUGCUGCACGCGGUCUGCGGCGCCAACACGCCCCGCUUUAUCUGCGCGACGGGCCAUGAAGCAUGCUAAUGCGUCACCUCUCGAUUAGUCUUUCGAUUAGUUAGUCGACAACGAUGUACUGAGUAAUCCAAACGUUCCUUGCUACUCGCG